AUGUUAGGGCCGCCAAAGGCAACGAUGGCUGUGCCGUCGACACCCAGUCGCAAAGACCGUAGAAAGUCUUGGUUUGGCUUUUCGACACCGACACGAAAGGACAAGGGCGCGUCCGUCGCUCCUCGAACGAGCCAGCUGCCAGAACCUGCCGAGGACGCCUUGGAAGAACUAGACACCACCCCGACGCGCAAAUCCAGCGAGCCUCCUCGUGGCGGUUGGCUUCUCGAUCCCGACGACAGCGACAGCGGUCCAUAUGGCACGAUCAAGCGGCGAAGGCCGCCGCUCCUCGUCGACCAGUCUGCCGGAACACCAGGAGGGUUCCGCCAGCAGAAUGCCGACGCGCUGGCCAAGCUGUCCGGCGGCGAGUCUCCAGUCGCUGCCAAGCCUAAACCAAAGUUGUCUGCACGCAUCUUCUCCCGCACCGCCAGCGAGCGCUCCACCCCCAUCCCCGACACCUCCUCCCCUACCCUCGCCAGUCUGGCCCCGGCCACCAAGGUCUCGCGAAGACACACUACCCUUGCCGCCGACCUCGAAGGCGACGUGGACCUAAUCGACUUGCCUGCAAAUGACCAAGGAGGCUCGCCGAUGAACAAACCUCUCCCAUCGAUUCCCCUCCAUGACGAAGCUCUGCCGCCCCGCUCCGUGUCACUGCCACCACCAGAUGCUGUCGCGCCCCGUGGCGGUGUGCUCCCGGCGCAGUUUCCAAUUCCACCGACAGACAUUGUGAUCACCCCAUCAAGUCCGCUCGAUAAGGACCCAUUCGCCGAUGUGUUCGGCGCGCUCAACAGCCCAACACGGUCGACGUCAUCAGCACCAGUGUCCAGGCAGCCCUCGGUGGCGCGCACGGCGCGGGCCACGUCCCAGCCCCGCCAGUCGUCCCCGACGCCCAAGAGCCGCGCCAAUGGAACCACCCCCACCUCAGCGGCGGCGGCGGCGGCAGCGGGGGGCUCUGCUGGGAUCGGCCUGGGGCUGCCAGAGACGAACACUCGGCGCAUCUCUGCUCCCCCAGGCGUGAUGCUGCCAACCAAAAUAUCCGUGUCGUCGCCGCUGCCCAUGCGCACUGGCAGUGUAGGCCCAAAAGUGACGUUUAACCCGGCUGCGGACGACGCGUCCCACGACUACGACAACAAGGAGCUGCCGAAAGUCAAGGCCCCACGACCGCGUAGCUUCUCGGCCAUGCUGGGCCGCUCGCCACUGCUCAACCUCGGUGACCAGACCGAUGACGAGGACACGGGCGGCAGCUCAAAGUUCAACUGGCUCGGCGUGCGCAAGACUAUCCGUCGCCGCCGCUCAGAAUCCAAACUGAACAAGCGCCGCAGCUUUGCCAGCGGGUUCAUGUCCCAGAACGAGGAUUCCAACGACAAGGACAGCAUUCACAGCAACAACACGUUGACGACGCCGAGCAUAACCACGAGCAGCACGAACGAGCAGCGCUCCGGAUCGAACACGACGGCGCGGCCGAUGGCCAUUCCGGGCUCCCUGCAACGGGAACGGGCGCCGCUGGUCAAUGGCGGCGGAGGCAGCACGACGUCAUCAUCGACCGCAUCGUCAUUGCCGUUGUACAUUUUGCCGGCUGUCACGGUGGAGAAUGAGGCAUUCUGGCCACCACAUGGCGGUUUUGUCGAGUCACCUGCAGAGGAAAAGGAGGAGAUGGUGUUGGAGACUGGCUCGCGCGAGUCGCUCACCACACGGACUCGCCGCCAGGACGCAUCGCGUACUUCAUCCAUCGCCUCCACUCCUUUGGAAUCACUACCAGAGGGCAGCCCUGCGCCCGCUAUCCCCCCGAUUGCAGAGGACUCGCUCGAGCCCCCAGCUAGCGUUGCGGCCCGCGCAGUGCGAGGACGGUCGUUUUCAGAUGCUGCGCGGAGAACGUAUGUUCCUCCUGUCGACGAGGGUCCACCGUCGCUGUCUUCGUCUCCCCGCUCCCCCUUCCUCAGCACGCUGCCCGUCGAAUCGUCGCCAAAGAGCUCCGGCAUCUUCCGUCCAGCAAUGUCAAGCCGGUCCAGCUCUAGCAGUUCGGCCGUGCUGGGCAAGGUGCGCAGUGUGUUUGGCAGCCGCCCACGGAGCAACAGCACGCUGCGAUACGGGUACGGCGGCUCGGUGUCGGCUGACGAGAGGGAGGAUGUGAGGUCGGACACACCGCAUACGCGCCCCGAGUCGUCUGCCUCGGCUGCGUCGUCGUUUGUGCCGUCGCCUGCACUCCCGCCGGUACGGAUCCGCCCCGAGGACGUCCCGCAAGUGUCGCAGCUGCAGCUGCAGAUUGGCAGCGAGGACGAUCGACGAGUGGUCAUUACCGAGACGCCAGAGCGGUCACCGCGGUCGUCGUACGCGGCCUCUGUAGGGUCGCAGACCCAGACCCAGGCCACUCGGCGCUCCAUCACCGCCCUCGACCCGUAUUUGCAAGCGGGAAGCGUCCGCAACGCACGAGCUCGUGCCAGCACCAUUUCAUCUGGCGCAAUCUCCUGGCAGGGUACGUUCGGUGGCGCUGGCCAAAUGACCAACCACCCCAACCACUCGACCACCGGUACGUUUGGCCAUGGGUCGGUCCACGGCGGCGGCGGCGGAGCCCACUCGAUCCACGGUCAAUCAACGUACAGCAGCUCGGCCACGUACCUCCCGGCGCCUUCCUCGCCGCUCACCUUCCCCACGUCCGCCACUCCCACCCGUACACGGUCCGGCUCGAUCAGGCGGCUGUCAAAGGCCAUCCUCAGCGCGAGCCCGUCGUCGCCCAAACCCCCGUCAUCUGGUGGCGGCCUGUUCCCUCUCCCGCCACGGUCUCAGUCGUCGGGGACACUGUCCGUCUACGCCGCCGCGGGGCCGAGCGAGGAGCUCAGUCCUGCCCCCAGCUCGGUGCCCAGCAGUGGCGCCCACACCAACGGUGCGCUCACGCCCAAGGAGCGCGCGGCAGCCGACAAGGCAAGAGACAAAGAGGCCAUGUCGAUCCGCGCCGACGACACGCCUGAAGCGUGGGUCGACCGCUUAUCCGUGGUCAGCAGGCGCGAACUGGCCGGCGUGCUCGCCGAGAGCUCGGACAAGUUCCACAUGGACGCGCUGCAGACAUACAUGACGCGCUUCGACUUCCACCACAUUGCCCUCGACGUCGCCCUCCGCCGGCUGCUGAUGGACAUGUCGCUGCCCAAGGAGACGCAGCAGAUUGACCGCGUCAUGGAGGCGUUUGCGUCGCGCUAUGACGCGUGCGAGCCGGGACUGUUUGGUGAAAAGGACAAUGCCUAUGUGCUUGCAUUCUCGAUGAUGAUGUUGCAUACGGACGCUUUCAACCGGCACAACAAGAACAAGAUGAACAAGGCCGACUAUGUCAAGAAUACCCGUCUGGACGGUGUCCCCGAGGCUGUUCUCGAGACGUUUUACGACAACAUUACGUUUACGCCGUUUGUGUUUAUUGAAGACGACAACGAAGCCGUCCUGGCCAACAUGGGCGCAUCGUCCAACCCGCUGGGCGCGGUCCGCCCAGGCAAGAUUGACGUGUACGACAUGAUCGUCAGCGGGCAGCUGAGCACGCUGCGCGUCAACGUCGAGUCCAUGGUCCCAGCCGAGAGCCCCUUUUCGUGUAUGGGCACGCGACCGUUCCUCGACGUCGACAGUCUGCAGCGCCGGUUCGCUGACGCGCACCCGCUCAAAUUCGUCAAGAACCGUCUGCGCCGCAAGCAGUCGCUCACGUCGUUUGGCAGCCGCCCGGCGUCCACCGAGCCGGGCAAGGCGCCCGGCCACGGCGCGUCAGACGACCUGCAGACGCUCAACAUUACCAAGGUCGGCCUGAUUAGCCGCAAGGACGACUCGAUCGUCAACGGCAAGCGCGUCACGGGCAAGAAAUGGAAGAGCUGGAGCGUCAUCCUCACGGGUUCCCAGCUGCUCUUCUUCAAGGACACGAUCUGGGCCCUCACGCUCGUGGAGCAGAUCCGCAGCGCGGGCAAAAAGGAGAUCCAGCACAUGGCCAGCUUCCAGCCCGACGAGGUGCUCUCGGUCAAGGACUGCGUGGCGGUCUGGGACCGCGAGUACACGGCUACGUUGAACACGUUCAGCUUUAUGAUGUCCCACGGCCGCCAGUUCCUCAUGCAGGCGACGGACGAGUACGAGAUGAACGACUGGGUCGCGCUCAUCAACUAUGCGAGCACGUUCAAGUCGGCCGGGAUCCGCAUGCGCGCGCAGGCAAUCGACAGCGGCGAGGCUGUCAUGGCCGGCGCGGCGGCGGCCGAGUCGCACAAGCGCGACUUGGAGUCGGGCGAGGGUGGUGCAGCAGGUGCAGGUGCUGGUGCUGCAGUCGCUACCCCCGUGGCAGCGGCUUUUGCUACUACUACUACUACCUCUGCUGGUGCCAGUACCAUUACCCGGACAUCUGAAAACUCGCAGACGCGCGCGGUGCUCUUUGCCGACGCUGUGACUGUGGACGAUGCCCCUGCCCGCCCGAGGUUACGCCGCGUCGGCAGCAUGCGCGCGACACCGACGGCCGUGGUGGACAUUGUCGGCGCCAACAGCACGGUCGUGGACGGUGGCGAGCAGCUCGAGGCGGUUAUCGGAUCCGUCAAGGCUGAGCUCGCUGCCGGUCGCGGCGGCGCGACGCGUACAAUGUCGUUGCCACCCGACGCCGACGUCAUCCACAAGUCACUCCGUACCGAAGCCAUCGGCGGGCAAGUCAAGGUCCUCAAGGAGUCUGCCGCGCCGAUCGAGAGACGCCUCGCUGCCAACCUCCGCCUGGCGCGCAACCUCGCCAUCCUCACGCCGUUCCAAAAGGCCACGCGCGACCGCAUCGAGCUGUGUAUCCCCGAGCUGGCCAGGCAGAUCCGCGACGACCGCGUCGAGCUCUCCAAGCUGCACCUGUGGCUCACCAUGCUGCUCAAGGACCAGGACAGGGACCAGCGCGAGUGGGCGCGCGUGCGGCACGUCGCGCUGCAGGCCGCGGCCAAGAGCCUGCGCGGUGGCCUUGGCCUCGGGCCGGCGGACAGGCGCGCGACUCUCGCACACCCCAUCGCCAUCCCCACGCUCGCCCUGCCCGACCACGACCCGUGGGUCGUUGACAAGUCGCCCAACUUUAGCCCGGCCAUCACCCCGCUCGGUGUCAGCCCGGCCUCGGGCAACAGUCCGCUGGGCACGUCACCGGCACCUGGCGUGGGCGUGGACGUAGACGCCGACGCCGACGCAGCCGCGGGUGCAGACGCAGACCCGCGCAGCCCGCCGGCCAUCUCGACGUACGCGUCGCCGCCCACGUCGCCCCGCCGCCCGAGCGACGACGAGUCGCGGCAUAACCGCACCUCGUCCGAAUCCGACUAUGAGCUCGCGCGGGAGUACCUCUCGGGCUCGUCGCUGUCGCUGCCUGACGAGGUCGACAAGAUGUUCUCGUCGCCCGAGAUGGUGCCCGGCAAGCUGGACGAGGAGGUCGAGAAGGAGAAGAGCGGCCACGUGGAUGUGACGACAGCGGCCAAGGACGAGGCCGAGGACUGGCGCAAGACGCGCGCAGCGACCAAGGUGUCCCUUGCCAAACUGCCUGCAGGCAAGAUUGGCGUGCUGCACAAGCGCGUGGCGAGUGGCGGCGGUGCGCGCGCCGGGCUCGGUGGGCUUGUGUGA